AUACCUAUAUGUGAUGUGCUGAAAUGUCACCUAUGUGCUAAUGUUACCAUGGAUUUUAAGAGAUAUUCCUAUAAACACACACUGUUUGAUCACUGAGGGAAGCUAUAACAAAAUCAAUACUACAAGCAAGCAUUUUGUAAAAAUUUAAAUCCCUAUAUUAAAGGAGCGUUUUAUUUCACAAAUACAGAUAAAAUUGUUCAGAUAACGAGACAGAAACGGUAUCUGAUCGAUGCUCAAUCUAAUUUCCGCAGAUCAUCGGUGAAAAAGUCGCGACCACCCAACGUUAGCGUAAACAAAUCUGUGAGGAAAUUUCUUCGAUGUAAUUUCCGGUGCGAAUUACAAUUGGCCCGCUUCCUUACUGAUUCGUUUUGGAGCCAAUUGGAAAAUAGAUUUUGUAAAACACACCAAUGUAUCUCGAAUGACGUGAACAAUAAUCCUAACCGAACCAAUGGCGCGUCCGGUGUUUGACGCAACUACAUUCUGCGCGAAAAACCCGGGAACGAGCUAAAGGCGGGCUAACACCUGCGCAGCAUCCCCUCGGACGCCGAACCAAGAUCACAUCUCGCGAAAAGUAAUGAUUAUUUCUGUCCACAAGCGUAGUUCCGCAUAUUCCCGCCGUGGCGCUGCGAGCUGCACAAGUGGGACGUCGGUGUACGUACCUUGUUAUAGGGGCUAGUUAAAACGUAAUUUUAGUGGUGGAAAUUGAAAAAUUGCGGAUGUAUAGCUCCGCAAGUGUCUUUAUUGAACCAUAAUCGUCACUCGGUGAUAUUUGAGUGCGAGCCGAGUGCGCUACACGCGAUCUCAUUCCAUGUAUCUACGUCGUGCCCGAUGUACCAGGGCGAUCCUCCAUUACCGAUCACAUUAUUCGGGGAUGUAGUCACUAUACACAAAUUUAUCUGUGAAUAGACAAUUAUAUAAAUGAAAAAGUGCGAAAUAAAGACGCAAUAAUGUGUAGAUAUUGACUGUUGUGAUAAAAUGUGCGAAAGUAUUGUGCGUCGUUUAUCGACCGAUGCCAUAUCUCCAGGACUGGCGGUCUUCCAAGGCGUAGCGUUGUAUUCCCUGAGGUCACGGCGCUCCAGUAAAUCACAAUAGAAUCUAACAUUUACCAUCUUUUGUUAUGAAUCGAUUACGCGAUAAAUUCACUCGCGUAAUGGAUCACAACUGCCGAAUACAAGCCGCUGGAUGCGGUGAUUUAAACAACUGAAUAACUGCAUUGGUCUAAUGGCGCGUAGUACGGUUUUAAUCACUCUUGUACUAAUUGCGAUAGUUGGUUGCGAGCAUGCCGUGGACAAGGAGAAGGCCCUGGCGGCGGAAAAGGAAAGAUCUAGGUCCGCGAAUCCGGGCAGAGAACGCGGUUCCUUCCAGAAACUAUCGAACCUAAUGAACCGUACGGAAAACCAUCGAGAAGGUAGACGAAGAGGGAAAAACAAUUUAAAUAAAAUUCUACAAAUAAACCGCGAACAUAGAGCUCAGAAUGAUGAUACGUUGAAUGAUAAUGAAGGUGCAAUCGCGACUAAACAAAAAAUGAUGCCCGACAAUACAACAGACACGCUGGCUGACAAGAUGAAGGCAUUACGUGGUGAUGGUUUGACAUAUGAAGCAGUAUCUAAGUAUAAUUACGUGCCACUAGUGACCGGUGUGUAUUGCAACUUUGAACCGAACAAUAAUUCGCAAGUUGACAUGUGUAUGUGGCAGUGGAACACGACUGUAUCGAGCCACGGUUUGGGAUUCAAAGUGGUGACGGCGGCGGAUCUCGAAGUCAUGAACGGGACAACUCGUGGACUAAAGUUCUCUGGUCCUAAAAAGGAUGCUGAUGGAAAUGUUACAGGACAUUUCCUAUAUCUUCCAGUGGACCCGACUAUGGAAAACAUGGUUAUAAAAUCGCCACCAUUCCGUGGACUUUCCGAGUUCUGUAAAUUCGAAGUGCGACUACAUCAGAGCAAGAUGCAGAACGCAAGUAUCCGUCUUGUGUCGGAAUCCACGAUGUCAGAAGUGCAGUGGAUUCUUCAAGAAGUUGCAGGGAAUAACAACGAAAUGUGGGAACCAUUGCGCUUCAUGAUCGGUAAGAUGCAGCAGGAAGUUCGCAUCAUUGUUGAAGUGACACGACCUAACUUCGUCAGUUUGGCACACAGCCUGCCACACUUCGCUGUAGACAAUAUAAGAAUGAUAGAAUGCUUACCCGAGCCUCCGGUCUUCAAUGGAGUGUGCAAAAAUAAACAAAUUAAAUGCAGUAUUAUGAAUAAAGAAUCUUGUAUCAAGUUACAACAGGUCUGCGAUUUGGUGAAAGACUGUGAUGAUGCCAGCGAUGAGAAUCAAAACUGCGACAAGAUGCCAUUUGGUUCAUAUUGCAAUUUCGAAACGGGCGCUUGCGGAUUUGUGAAUGUCCCUCAGCCGAUUUUAAAAUGGUCCCGUCACAGUGGUCCAACACCGACUGAUAAGACUGGUCCUAAUUAUGACCACACUUGCGGUCCUCCUGACCCAUACUCCCCUGUACCUAUCCCUCCUCCCUUAGUCCCCGCGCAUAUGAAUUACUCUCUCAACCAAUGCGUUGGUUAUUACUUCUUUGUAAAUAUGAAUGUGACUGGUCCUAACAAGGAGAGGGCGGAUUUUGCGUCCACAGCUGUUAUGAGGACUGUCAUAUUUAAUCCACCGCCAAAAGUUCAUGGGAAUAUCAGCUCUAGUUACUACAAUUGUUGUAUGAUACGUUUCUACUAUCAGCAGAAUGGUAGGAACUACGGAUCUCUCAGUGUCGAUGUAGUGGAAAUAACCGCAAGAGGCAACAUUACGACAUCUUUAUGGUUCUCUACCAAAGACAAAGGAGAGAACUGGUAUAGAGCAGCGAUAUUCCUACCAAAUGUUACCAGAAGAUACUUCCUUCAGUUCAAGACACGUAUGGGAAUGCGUAUAUAUUCAGACUCAGCUAUUGAUGAUUUCUCAAUGGCACCCGAAUGUUUCGGUCUAAACAUAGAUCCAAAAGAGCUGGGAGAUUAUAAUUAUUAUGAUCCGACAUUUGAAGAGAAGACAGAUCCACAUCCUGAUCUCUAUGAUGUUCCUUACUACCGUUUCACGACUUGCGGUGCGACAGGUAGAUACGGUCCGAACCAGACAAUGUGUGAUGCGGCGUACAACACCACCGGAGUCUCUGUCACGGUCGUAUCUGAACCACCGUACCAAGGCAUACAGAUAUGGAAGGUUCCUGCAGAGGGUCUUUAUACUAUAAUAGCUACGGGUGGGUCAGGCGGGCUGGGCUCGGCGUGGGCGGGCGUAUCGCACGGCGCUCAGGUGCGGGCAGUGUUUGAGUUACAUCAUGGAGAGAAUAUCUAUAUCCUGGUGGGGCAACCGGGGCUUAAUGCUUGUAAGAAGACGCUAUCGGCGCAGGAGUCUCAUGAAUGUUCUAGAAGGCAGCCGAAUGAGACGCAGCAGAUAUUCACGAGUAAGACGCAUGAAGUGCGCAACACGCAAGUACACGAUGGUGGAGGAGGGGGAGGUGGGGCCACGUUCGUCUUUGUGAUCGACAAAGACGACAAAGCAUAUCCUCUGUUGAUCGCGGGCGGUGGCGGCGGUCUAAGUGUUGGCGUGUUUCAUGACGACGGCUCCCAACAUGCCAAGGGUCGUACCAAUUCCACGCCCGAGUCCGGGUAUAUGUACGGGCCUCCGGGGAAAACUUCUGGCGCGGGCGGUGGCUGGGUGUCGCGGCUGGGGCCGAGCACGCCGGGGCACGAGGUGGCGCGCGGGGGGGCGCUGCCGGAGGGUGCGGUGGGGGGUCUGGCGUGUGUGGGCGGCGCCCACGGCGGCUUCGGCGGCGGCGGCGGCGGCUGCAGGCGCGGCGGCGGGGGCGGCGGCUGGCUAGGUGGUAACACAAACGAGGGCGAGGGUGAGCACGGCGGCGGGGGGUGGUCGUACGUGGACUCAGCGCGCAGUGUCGGCGGCUACACGCGCGUCUCCUCCGCGCCACGCACCGGCCCCGGAGAAGUGAUGGUGUUGCCCGCCCCCCACAAAUGUGGUUGUGCAUAUCGCUGCAUAGUUCUGAACGAGUACAGGAGCGAGGUCACCUGCUACUGUCCGGUUGAUUGGAUGUUUGACACAACUGACCCCACCAAAUGUAUAUUAUUGGUUGAAGAGUGGGACAAACGAUGGAUGUUAGUAGCUGUAGCGAUCGUCGCCAUCGCUGCAGUCUUGUGUGGCGUGGUCUUCUUCUGUCUACGUCUCUACAACAGAUAUCAGAAGUAUAAAGAACAAGAACUCCGUCGCAAGUGUCAUGCAGAACAGGACGUACAGUUGCAACGUCUGAGGAACGCUCCGGGAGGUAACGAGCCUCUCUCUAUGGCCUUCAACCCUCACUACGGCAGUGAGAGUAUUCUACCCAGAGGAGUCGAUGUUAGAGGUCUACCGAAGGUCUCUAGGGAGAGCUUAAAGCUUGUCAAAGCAUUAGGUCAGGGUGCAUUUGGAGAAGUAUACCAAGGUCUGUACCGACAUCGUACUGGAGACACAGUGGAAAUGCCAGUCGCUGUCAAAACUUUACCAGAAUUGUCAACCGGACAAGCGGAGAGCGAUUUCCUGAUGGAAGCUGCGAUCAUGGCCAAGUUCAACCAUCCUAAUGUUGUACAUCUGAUCGGUGUAUGCUUUGAUAGACAUCCGAGAUUUAUAGUCCUAGAGUUACUCGCGGGUGGAGAUUUGAAGAACUUCUUACGAGAGAGUCGUCCGAAGCCGGAGCGGGCGAGUGCACUCACAAUGAAGGAUCUCAUUUUAUGUUCUUUGGAUGUAUGCAAAGGUUCCCGGUAUUUGGAAAGCUUGAGGUUCAUACACAGGGACAUUGCAGCACGUAACUGCCUGUUAACAUCCCGGGGUCCAGGUCGCGUUGUCAAGAUAGCGGACUUCGGAAUGGCUCGCGACGUGUACCGCGCUGAAUAUUAUAAGAAAGGUGGCAAAGCUAUGCUACCGAUAAAAUGGAUGCCACCUGAAGCGUAUAUUGAUGGAGUUUUUACUAUUAAAACCGAUGUCUGGUCGUUCGGUGUACUGCUGUGGGAGGUGUUCUCUCUGGGCAUGAUGCCGUACACAGGGUGUACCAACAGAGAGGUCAUGGAGAUGGUUUCUGGUGGUGGAAGACUGGAGAAACCUUAUGGAUGUCCACAAGAGAUUUACCGACUAAUGUGUGAAUGUUGGAACCCAAAUCCUGAAGAGAGACCAGCUUUUGCGCAGAUGUUUGAUAGACUGCAGCGGUUUUUACAAGAUCCAGAAAUAGUGAGCGCACCUUUACCAGUACUUCGCUCUCUGCUGCUCCCGCCCGCAGACGUUCAAGUGAACGACGACAGCGCCUCACAGCGCUCUGCGGCCGCCGACUACCUGGUGCCCAAGCCGCCGCUGGACGCGCCUUCCGACCCCAGCACAACGGAACCGCUGACGCCUCAUAGCAAACAGCCGACGGCAGCGCCGGACCAGCCAGAAAUGGAGGAUUCACAAUAUCUACCUCUUCUGAAAGCAUCACAAGAAUAUGGCAACAUUCCAACGGCGUCUCGGAGCGGCGGUCGUCGCGGCGACGGCUGCCCUGCUUCCGGCGCAGAGACGCGGACAAACACAAAGUUUCUGCCGUCUAAUUCUACUGACAGAUUAUUGAGCUCGAUCGAAGGUACAUCAAUGGACGAUGACAGCGCGUCGGAAGUAGACGACAAGCCCGUCAUCUGGGAGACGUCCUUCACCGAGCCGAGGCCCACUAACUCUGUGGACCUCAAACCGAACGCCGACACUGGACCCGCCGUUGAUAAGCUGAUAAGUAUAACACCAACGUCACCGAAACCACCUGAAAACGCACUAUCUUUAGCGAUAGAGGCUAAUGUAAAAGAAAAGAACAACAAAAACAAUUUAUCAAUAGAAAAGAAAACGGCACCGGUCGCUUCUCCCGACCCGCCUCGGAUUAAUGCAUGGCCAAGCAAAGAACCACCGAAGUUGGUUCCAAAACCGAAACCACUCUGUCUAGAUGCUGCACAAUUGGAACAGAAUCUGAACGAGUUAAAGAAAAACAGCGGAUCUGUAAAUUUAACAACCAUGAACAUACUACCUUCAUAUAUAAAUGUUGUAACUCCUAAUAAAUUAUCCGAAUCAAAAACAAUACAAAUUGAUCCCAAGAAGGCUAUAAUACACGAUCUACCGAAAGAAUCCGAACAUAAAGAGGAGAAAUGCAAAUUAAAACAAUCCAGUUCAGCAGCCAGUUUAUUGAAUGGUCCCAUGACAGAUGUGCCAUAUGCUGACAGUGACAAUGCGUCAUCGAGUUCGGGAAGUAAUGGUGUAAAAAAGAAAAACAAAAACUACGGAGAAGUAAAAAUUGGUAACGGAAAGAAUAUAACGAAACAGGGUAGCAACGGCGGUGAAUUUGUCGGUGAAACGGAAAUCAGUUGUUAAAACCGAUAUUAAUCGUAUCUGUCAGUAUUUGGUUGUGGUGUUUUUCAUGGCGCUGCCGUCGGACAAAUGUGACGUUUACAUUUUUUAAAUUUAGAAAAAUAAAAAAAUAGAGUUACUUAUGUCGGUUGUAAAUAAUU